GCUCCGGCUCCUCAGGAGGGGUUUGGGAGCUGGCUUGGGAGGCCCCAGCACGACAAAAGCAGGAGGGAAUCCGAGACGAGCCAGUUUCACCCUGUCCUUUCCCAGCCCCACAGCACGAAGCCAAAGCAUCCAAAAUGCAGGAGAAACAAACCUCGCCCGUGUCUGUCCGAGGUGCUGCUAAGCCAUUUCUCAGCAACCAGAAUGUUUUAGCUUCUCCCAUUCUCAGCACAGCGAUGGAAAACUUGGCCUCUUCUAGUACUGGUAGUGGUUCACCCAGCAGUGCCUUCUGUUCCAUCUGUGAAAAACAUACUGAGUCUGGGGCAAAAAACAAAGGAUGCAUGGAAAGCAUUCUGGAAGAAUACCCACAGGAGGGUAGGGAUGUGCAGAAGAAGCUGAAGGAAACCACGUUGCUACAUGAGCAACAGAAAAUCAGUUUAAGACUGAUCAUUGCUGAUUUGCAGACCAAACUGAUGGAAGUGCAGCUGGAAAUAGAUGCACUUCAGGACACCAGACAAAAGGAAUCUCAGAGCCAAGACAAUGUGAAAACACAGCUGCAAAACACUGCCCAAGAGCUGGAAGCUGCCAAUCAGCUGCAGGAGGAGUUGCUGAAGAGCCAUGAGCAAGUGCCUCUGGAACUGUGUGGCAUUCCAAUGGGCUAUGAAGACAGACCAGGAGAGAAACUCUGGGAGUGUGGGACCAUGACUAGCUUCCACAUCCACAACCUGAGCACAGCUGAUGUCCUGAGAGGUUUAGACUCAGAGGUGUCAUACCUCAGAGGAAAGCUUGUCUUGGUGGCAGAAGAACUUGAGUCACUGAAAAAAGAUUCACAAGCCCCAAACCAACCUCUGCUUCAGCAGCAUCACAAAAGAGAGCAAACAGGAACCCAAAAUUCAGCAGGUGGACGUCAAAUUGGUCACCUGGACUCUAGCACUUCCCAGCUGCGUUGUGAAUUGCGAGGAGCUAGGAGGAUCUAUGAAGACAAGGUGGCUGCAGUGAAGGGAAAAAAUGAAAGCAUUGGAAGAAUUUCCUCUUUGAGUGUCCAGCUGGAGUCAACCAAGGAAACACUCCAUAAAGUUAAAGAAGAUCUUGCAUCUAAACAGCUUGGUUUGGAGGCUGCUGAGAGAAGAGUGUCAGAUCUGACAGCCUGUGUGCAGGAGAAAGAGAGAGCCCUUGAGGCUAGCCGUGAGGAAAUCAAGGAGCUACGUUCACAGCUUGACAGAAGGCUGCAGGAGCUCCAGCAUCUAAAGAGUGAAGAGGACCAUUUACACAGAGUGCAGCUGGAAUGUGAAACACUGAAACUGCAGGUGCUGGAAAAGGAGAGGAUUGCUCAGAUCUUCCAAAAGCAAAUUGAUAGCAUGACCCAGGUUGUGAGCCAGCACAGUCGAGCUGCUGGAGCAACAGAGAUUGAGAAAGCUCAGCUUAUAAAAGAAAUAAAUGUCUGGAAAGUCAAAGCAGAAGAAAUUAAGAUUGCAAAGGAUGAGAAAGAAGCCAGGAUACAUGAAAUGGAGGCCAGACUGAGUGAGCUGGAACUGGAAACGGUUAAACUGGUUAACACAUGCACUGAGAGGCUCCAUGCACUUGAUGAUAUGAAACUGGAAAAAGACCAGCUACUGAAUGAACUCCAGGUCAGCCAGAGUGAGCUAGCUGGCCUUGCAGAGGGAUUUGAAGAUUUGAAGAGGAAUUACUGGGAUAAAAUCAAGGAGAUGGAAAACACUGCAAGCAGACUGAAAAUGCAGUUGAAAUCUGCCCAAGCUGAACUGGAACAGACCAGAACUGCUCUAAAGACUAUGGAGGGAUCUGAUGGCAAUGCUAUGAAAGUUGCAGUGGGCAUGCAGAAGAAGAUCACAGCCAAGAGAGAACAGAUAGAUGCACUAUGGAGCCAGAUUAAAUUCCUGGAAGAGGCAAUGACAAAUGCAGCUAAGGAGAAGCAUAACCUCAGAGAAGAAAACAAUAAGCUAAAUCAGGAGUUGAGCUGUAUUAGAGCAGAAAAUACCAGGCUGUCUGGGGAACUGGAGAUCCUAAAAGCACAAGACAAAUGUCUGAAAGAAAAAAUAUCUACGCUGCAGACAGCUCUUGAUAAGGCAUCCAAGCAGUUUGCAGAGUACCAGUGCAUAAUCCAGUGCCAGGAACAGGAAGCUAUGCGCUUCAGGCUGCAGCACACGUUGGAUGUCAAGGAGCUGCAGGGCCCAGGCUACUCAUCAGCUUCUGCUUCAGGCAAGCUGAGGCACACAGUGCUCCUUUCCCACCUGCACUCUGCUCUCCUGCCACCUUCCUUGAGCUUGGCCAGCUGUGCCCUUCACAUGCCUUCCAAACCACACAUUUUGAAGGAAGAACCAUUGCAGGACCUAAAGAAGGUUCUUCAAGAGCCAACAUGCUCAGGCAGUGGCACUGUGGAUCUUGGCCAGGGUGACCACAACGGUGGGGAAAAGCCAUCUUUAGCAACCCCGAGGAAUGCAGUGAAUCCUUCAUGCUUGAAUACUGCAGAUCCUCAGUCCCAAGACAUUACUCUGUUCUUCACAUCUUGUGGAGAUGCUUCCAUCUUCUCAGGAGCUCCUUGUUAUACAUCCUUCCCCAAGAAGGCCCCUCAGGAGCAGAGGUACAGAGCAAAGUCUCCAGUACACAUGCUAUUAACUUCUCCACCCAAUGUCCUUGCAGCUGGCCCCAGCACUUCUCCAGAGCACAGGCUGUCCACAAACAAAGUUGGCUCUCCAGAGGCUGCACCGACAGUCUUCCAGAUAGGUAAGUCUACUUCUCAGUCCAUGAAAACUAGAGAGCAGACAGCCAGGAGGCUACAGAACAAGACAGAAAGCCUGCAGGACCUGCUGGGAUCAUCACAGAUGAAAAAAACAGGUGCCAGAUUUUACCAAAACUAUUCCUGGUUUAUUUAAAGUGCCCAAGCUGCUCAGAAUCAGCUCCUGUUACCUCCCUCUGUGUUUGCAUGAGGUCAUUGUAGGUGUACUUGCUUUACUAGCAGUACCCACUGCUGCAUUAUCCUGCUCCUAGGAUCCUAAUCCUUGGAUUAACUUCACAGUGCACUGUUGCUCAGCCUUUUAACUCUAAUGAGAUUCAAGAUCUUUAACAUUUCAAAGAUGGCAGCAGGUCAGGGGUGCCCUUGUGUGUUGUCAUGUCCAA